UUAUUAUUUACAAUUAUUCAAAAACGACUAAAAAAAAAGUAAAAGUAAUUUGCAUUUCAAAUAUUUACAGGAUUAAAUAAGAUUUAUUUAAAGAUUAUAAAACAACUUCAUAUCACAUUAAGAAGUUAAAUAUGGUGGAGGCUCAUAGUAUUAAUGCUGAGCACAAGGAUUUAAUACAUGAUGUCGCAUUCGAUUAUUAUGGCGAGCGAAUGGCUACUUGUUCUACUGACCAGUUUGUUAAGGUAUGGGAUCAAGAUGAGCAGGGUAAUUGGAAUUUAACAGCUAGCUGGAAGGCCCAUAGCGGAUCAGUCUGGAAGGUAACAUGGGCUCAUCCAGAAUUCGGUCAAGUCUUAGCAACUUGUUCUUUUGAUCGAACUGCAGCUAUUUGGGAGGAAAUAAUCGGUGAAAGUAAUGAAGGAGGUACAUUAUUAAGGCAUUGGGUACGAAGAGCUAAUUUGGUAGACUCUCGUACAUCUGUUACUGAUGUAAAGUUUGGUCCAAAAUCGUUUGGAUUAAUAUUAGCAACUUGUUCAGCUGAUGGAGUGAUGCGAAUUUACGAAGCUCCAGAUGCGAUGAAUCUAGCUCAAUGGCCUUUACAACACGAGGUAUCGCUUAAAAUACCUAGCAGUUGUCUCACAUGGAAUCCUUUGCUUUCUAGUUUUAAAAUGCCAAAUGCAAUGAUAGCAGUUGGUAGUGAUGAAAACUCCAAUACUACAAACAGCAAAGUUUUCAUUUGUGAAUACAAUGAAGUCUCUCGUCGAUGGGCUAAGACGGAGUCAGUCUCAAGUGUCACUCACCCAGUUCAUGACAUGAUAUUUGCUCCAAAUUUAGGACGAUCAUAUCAUCUCUUAGCAAUAGCUACCAACAAUGUCCGCAUUUUAAAGCUCAAACCUAUUGCAGAUGCAACCAGUGGAUUUCCUUAUACAAUUCAAACCGCAAUGCAAUGUGAUGACCAUUAUUGUACAGUUUGGCGUGUCGCAUGGAAUAUUACCGGUACUGUUUUAGCGUCAUCUGGAGAUGAUGGAUGUGUUAGACUAUGGAAAUCCACAGUUGGUGAUUGGAAAUGUGUAGGAAUUUUAAAGCGUGAUGGCAAGUUACCUCAGUUGCAGUCAAAUGCAGCAAAGUCGACUACUCAAAAUAAUUUGACUAGAUUCUUUAAAUUAGGUCAAAUAACUCAUCCUAGCGAAGUCCACUGGCAUUAAGUAAUUUGUACUAAGCGACUUUGUUUUUAUUUAUUUAUUCAGUUUUUUUAUUAACUAUACCUGCGGCUGCAAAGACGAGGUAUGUCUAUAAAAAUUAGUUUUUUUUUUUUUAUGUAUACAUUCAAUACCUACAAUGAGGUUAUAACUUUAUAUUGUCUUUAAGUGUAAAUAUUUAUUUCUAGUUAAAAAAAAACAUUGUUUUAUUUUUUGGAGUAUUGUUACAUUUUGUAUCUGUUAGUAU